CCAUAAACAUAGCAGAACGGUGAAACCAGCGACUUCCGCUGAUUUCUCGAAGUCACUGCCGGGAGGCGUUAGAUUUUCCUUGACGAGAUCAAAAGUGUUGCCGUGAUCUCAUCUUUUCGACCGGAGUUGGGAAGCAUUUAAUCACAUUAACACUUUUCCCAAUAGCCUAUCAUCAUCAUCACGAUCAUCAAAUGCAUUGUUUUACCGGCGUGCCGAGAGCCAUGAAUUUAUCUCUAGUCGUAUCAGAAACGUUGACCGAACUAAAAAGCUAGAAAUGAGGUGACGAAGAUUCUAGAGAAAGUGUAUAUAUUUGGCCCACCAGCGUUCAUAAGAGCCACAACACGAACACAAUUAAUCUUUGCGUUGACCGCCACUGAUGUUGACCUUCUUUGCACGAUUUUCUUAUUGAAAUCGUUUUUUCUUCUUCUUUUCUUCUGUUAUACUUCUUAAGGACUUGUAUCUAGAAAUCUCAUUUCCGUUCUUCGUUUAAGGACUUGUUGUGUACUUUGGAUGAUCCCAAGUUACCCGGAAUCCUACAAAAUCAAAUCCCCAAUGUAUCCGAAGGUGAAGGUGAGACAAGAAGAAGAAGAUCCACAAGAGUUUCAGAGAAUUUAUUUGAAGGAUUUCCAGUCUCCAUCCAAUUCCCCUCAACAUAAAGAUGGUUACACUUACACACCACCGAGGGUUCUCAAGUCUCAUCACAUCUCCACUUCAGAUGCCAAUAUAUCAUCAUCAAAAGCAGCUGCGAUGGUCGACAGAAAAGUUGCAGGGGGAAAUAAACCAAAUAAUAAGGUGAACAAGAAAAUUGCAGAGGUAAUUAAGCCAAGUUCUAUCCUGCCACCGCGAGCUGUUUUAUCGAGUCCAGAGAAUGAUUUGAUGCUCAGAACCAAAAACAAAACAAAAACAGAACGUUCAGAAUCGAAGAAUCAUAAGCUGAGUCAAAACACGCAUGUCAAGUGCAAGAAGUCUUAUGAACUCGAGAAGAAAAACAGCUCAUGGUCAUGGAAAUGAUUAGAUGUGUGCAACGGUUUUUUGUUAUUUUUAUUUUUUAUCAUUAAAGGUUUAUUGACACUCAACUAACCGAUGCUCAUACUGUAAUAUAGAUACGCUUUGGUUUUGUUUUUAAUAUUGGCACAUCUGUAUUGUAAAACAAUGAGCUUAUAUAUCGACCAUUUGAAAGAAAGGUAA